GUUAAAAGGAGACACCAUGUUGAUUCUCGCGUCUUCUUUUCCUCCAUCUUCAACGCACGCACCUCCUCUAUAUAAUCUUAGCUGCACAAAGUUAAAUCUCCUUCGUGAAGCAAGGAGCAAGUGUCCGCAAGAACGAUCCGAGACAGCGCGAGAUCAUCCGCAGAUGAUGGCCAUAGUGAACAAGGUGUAUUGCUCGCCGAUGGAGGUGGCCCUGGUUGUUCGGAGGAGGCCGCAUGCCGUCAGCGGCGGAGGGUUCGUGGCGACGGAUUGCAGCAGCAAGCGGGCUGUUUUCCGGGUUGACGGAUGCGGAGUCCUCGGCACGAGCGGCGAGCUCAUCGUGAGGGACGGAGAUGGGGACGCCCUCCUCCUCAUCCGCCGCAAGGCAGGAGGGAUCGUGCAAGCAAUGAGCAUCCACAAGAAAUGGAAGGGCUACACAUAUGAUUAUGAAGGUGCCCAGAAGCUGUUGUUCAGCAUCAAGGAGCCCAAUUCAUCAUCCUCACUAUCAUGCUUCUCCAGGAACGCAUCAUCUACCGCCAUCAAAAUCUCUCUGGAGCCUAGGAAAGUCGACGGCCCCGAUGGCAUCUUCCACGUCAAGGGUCACUUCCCGGAUAGGGACUGCAGCAUCGUCGACUCUGGAGGCAACGCAGUAGCACAGAUACAGAAAGAGAUGGCCGAACUGAUGGCGAGCAAAGACGUGUAUCGCGUGAUCGUGAAGGCCGGAAUCGACCAAGCCUUUGUGUGCGGAGUCGUUGCUGUUCUUGACCACAUCUAUGGCGAAUCCACCGCCUGCUAAAAACUCAAGAAACUGCCUGAAACCCCGAUGAUCAGUACAUUUUUACAGUCCAAAAAUCGCCCAAGAACAUGAGAGAUUAUAACAUCUCUCUCUCCCUCUGUCUAACAUUGUCAAUUUAUUAAUGUAAACAUGAAUUUUAGCCACAACCAGAAGUUAAAAAUGCGAUGCUGGUUACAUCUGAUUCUUGAAACGUAAAGCAAGUCUUGAUUGGUGUGUUUGCGGUGUAGGAUUGCUUAUACUGUACAAGUUAACCACGCAAAGGUGGACCGAA